AUGUCUCUUCAAUUCCGUUCUCACUUCCCCACGGAUGACUUCACCCGUGACUUAUCCUCCGUCUUUCGUCUCUUUGACGACUAUGAUGUCCACCGUCGAGCCAACCGCCACCUAGCUCCACGACCCUUCACCCCCCGCUUCGAUGUUCGCGAGACUGAAGAUGCUUACCACCUGGAUGGUGAGCUGCCCGGAGUCUCUCAGAAGAACAUCGAGAUCGAGUUCUCUGACCCCCACAAUCUCACCGUGAAGGGUCGCACCGAGCGCGAGUAUCACACCGAGCCUGAGGCCGCGGCCGAGACUGAGGAAAACAACUCCGAUACCGACACUGGUUCCAACAAGCGAGACAAGCCUGCCGCUCCCCGUUACUGGGUUAGCGAGCGAACUAUCGGCGAGUUCCAGCGCACUUUCACCUUCUCCAAACGCGUGGACCAGGACGCCGUCAAGGCUAGCCUCACGGGUGGUGUUCUCUCUAUUGUCCUUCCCAAGGUCACUGCUACCGCCCCCAAGAAGAUUACCAUCCAGUAA